AUGACGCAGCCUCGGCCGGACCCAGGCGUCCCGGCGCCUCAGGGGCACUGGAUGAAAGACCAGCCACAGGGGAGGAAACUGAGGCCUGGAAAGGGGAAGGGACUUCCGUCAAGGUCACUGGGGCGCACGCUCGCCUCCCAGGCGACAUUCGAACCCACAACUCCAGAGGCAGUACCUCGCACUGCCCCACCGUGUCUCUCGCUGAGCGGAGCCGCUCUGGUCCAACCUGACCCAAAGCCCCUCCAGAGGGGAGAUCGCUCUCUCCCGCGGAGGCCGGCUCCUCGCCCACAUCGGUCCCAGGAGCCCCUCGGUGACCAGCCCUCCCUGCACACCCCCAGCAGCUCUGGACCCGUGCCCAAAGCAGCGCGGCGACCAUUCCCGGAAAGAGAUUGUCUGUGGGCCCCCCAGCCCCUCCCUGCUGCGCUGUCUGUAUCCCCCGAGCUUAGCAGAGCGUCGGCAGCGCUUAAUAAAUGCGUGUUCGUGUGUUCUUUUAUUCCAAAAGAGGGAGACGUGACUAUGUUUUGAACCCAGGUUCCGACUCCCAAUCCAGCCCUUCCCCACGGUACCACAAGGCCCCACCCCACCGCUGGGCAGCUUCAGUCCAGACCCCCAACUCCCGGCGCAGA